AUGAUAGCCGCGCGGAAUUUUCAGCAGAUUUUAGAGGAAACUUACGUCGGAAGAAUAAUACGAAAAAGACAGGCGGAUUCGAUAAUAGAAACGACAGAAAAAAUCAUUAUUUGUAACGUGCCACACGGAUUAACCGAAAAAUUAAAACUAGUUCAACACUGUACGAUUCUGAAUUUAUCGAGACAUUUACUAUGUAUGGGAAUACAACCGUUUCGCUUUACAGAAUCAAAGACUGUUUCACACAACAGUAGCUUCAUUUGCAACUCCGUUGACAACUUUCGAACAGACUUACAACAGCUUUACCUUUGA